AUGAAAUUUUCUAUCGCUGCUCUUGCUGGCUUCGCCAUUGCCAUCUCUGCUGCUAGUCUUCCUGCAGCUUUCACUCUCGUUGGUGAUGGCGGCCAGACUGUUCUGACCGAUGGCACCAACGCCUAUGUCGGUGGCGACACAGACGCGAACCAUGAGAUCCUGAUCCUUCGCUCUGGUCCUAACGGAAUGGUCUCUUUCACCUCCAAGAACUCCACCCCCACCGGCUUCCAGAACCUCUAUGUCAUCCCCGACACGGUGGAGCCCAUUGCUCUGACUGUCCCCCACUCCGGCGCAACCCCCCAGGGCGCCAGCACCAACGACUUCGGCGUCAACGAUGAGGGUUACUUUACCCACAACGGCAAAGCGUACUUCGCCAAGGACGGCUACGGCGAGAGCAAGGUGAAGGAGCUCUUCUGGUAUGGCUCGCACAACGCCGAGUACGAGGCUGCCAACCUCUACGUCAAGGAGUGCAAGGGCUGCUAA